GAAGAGGCACAACUUCAUCUUUCUCUGGAGCUUGUAUUCUCAUUCAUGUAUUCAUUCAUCGCUGCUGCAGAGUUAUGGUUUUUGGAAACUGCUGGCAAACUGAAUCAGCUUGAUAUUGGAUUCCCAGGAGCACACUAGACCUGACACUGCUAAGCUCCUACAUAACAGGUGCCCCCUGGUUAUGAGCUCACUACUGCUCAACUCAACCAUGAAGGAUCGUGACUCUCUGACCCUCCUGCACUACUCUAGCACGGGCAAAACAGCAACACAGUUCCCAACUCCCAACAUCCAUUCUUCAUCUCCAGGGCUCAACAAGCCUCAAUCCUUCUGCUUGCAGUCCAGCCAGCACCUCAUUGCAUCAAUGCAGCUCCAGAAACUUAACAGCCACUACCAGAGCCUGGCUGGAUCUUCAGUGGUCCCUUCUGGUCCAAACCGAGGGUUCGGAGCAAGUCCAAUGGGCCCAGCGCAGAUCUCUGCUCCAGGUUUGGCUCAAGGACCUGGGAUUAUUGAUUCUGAUCCAGUGGAUGAGGAUGUUUUGAUGUCAUUAGUGGUCGAGCUUGGUUUGGACAGGGCUAAUGAGCUCCCGGAGCUCUGGCUGGGUCAGAAUGAAUUUGACUUCAUAUCAGAUGUUCCUGCUGGUUGCUGACACUUAACAUCCACAAUUUUGUGUUGUGAUUGGCUAACUUUUGCACUUUGGAUGGUGUAGACGCAAGAGUUUUUUUUUGAACGGUCCCUUUUGAAUAUUUAAGUUAAAGUGGUCUAGAUGAGGACGUACACGCAGUGGACUACUUGAACACAUCUUCGAGGGAGGACUUGAGGGUAAUUUGAUGUGAAUUGCCUUACAUCAAUUACUUAUUUGAAUCCCCUCCAAGCUCUCAUUUCUAAGUGAUGUAAGAAUUUCUCAAGUGACCAGACAUGGAGUCGUCAUGGUUCAGACAUGGACUAGACCUCCAGCACAAGCUGUACCAAAAGUGUGGAACCCAUGGUAUUUGUUACUUCAUGGACCCCCAAAAUCUCAAUCCAGCUGCAGCGUGACCUGGUCGACUGGAUAUUCAUAUGUAUUUUUUUUUUUUCUUUUUUUUUACAUUAAUGGUUGUCCUAACCACCUAAAUACUAAAUGUGCAUUAGCAAACAAGUUAUUGCUUCUGUAAGAUGAGAUAUGGAUGUGGUUUCAUCACUGUCCAGUCACCAUCUGUCAGAUCUGACCAGCCGGAUGUUGUUUUUGUUCUGUAAUGGAAGGUGAUCCUGAACCAGCAUGGUCAAUUCUCUUCCAACAUGCAUGUCAUCACAAGAGUUUUCCACUGGAGUAACCUGAUCUAGUAGACAGCUUUCCAUGGUUAAAUAUAUUAAUGAUGGACGUGUCCGUUUCUUCCACCUCUUGGAAGGCUGUGAAAAGCAGAAGAAACUGCAGGUCAAUUCAAGCAAAGAAAGUAAUUUGAAUAUGAAUCCUAUUACUAAAGCACUAUAUUUGUAAAUAUUUAAUCAAGUGUCUAUCUUGUAUAAUUAAAAAAUAGAAAAAUGCUAUUCUGUUGUGUUUUUGUUUAGUGUAGACUAAUGCAAACCUGUGUUAAAGUAUGGAAUGAUUUCUGUUAACAUUUUUCAAUUACGAAGUGGUGAUUUUGUUUAGCACUUUCCUGGCAUCUUUUGUUUUCUUAAAAGAUAUGAUUAUUGUUUUGUAUAAAAAUGAACAUAUGUGACUAUUUUUCUGAAUUAUAAGUAAAUAAAGCCAACAAAAUAAUUUACAA